AUGAAAGAUUCCUCUCCAUCCUUCGUUUUGAGGACGACAAAUGUUUUCUUCUCGAGAAGUACCAAUGAAACGAUGCUCAAGGAACUGAAUGAGGCAGCGAGGAGAAUAGGACUGCGAAUAAAUAGAAAGAAGACACAGUUCAUAAAGAACGCCUACUGCGACGGAGGAGUACAACUUGAAGGCUCCCAUAUCGUGGAAACUUCGUCACACGUAUACCUUGGACGUUCUAUGACCACAGAAAACGACUUGAAGGAAGAACUGAAUAGAAGAAUGAGAGCAGCAUGGGCAGCAUUCGCAGCCGUCAGGGAAGCUACGGGCCAACUGACGGACCAAGAUAUUCGUGCCCAUCUUUUCGACUCGACAGUUCUUCCAGCGCUCUGUUACGCAGCGGAGACGUUGGCAGACACCGCCGCCAAGUCUAGGAAGCUAUUUACUACCCACUACCCCUUGAGAGAUGUCUUCUGA